GGCAAAAAUUUCACGAAUUUCAUCGUUGUCGGUUGUGUGGUCGUAGCUUUUUAGAAACAAAAUUUAAUAAUAUACAUCCAGUUCUUCAUUAUCCUUAAAAAUAUAUAUAAUAUAUGUAACUGUUUUUUUUUUUGUAUUAGUUUGUUUUGUAAGUCUCCCAAGGAUUUCCAAAAAAGAAGAUUAACUUUAUAUAGUUUCUCCCCCAAAAAUAAACGAAAACAAAAGAAUAUACCCCAAAAAAAAGUAUCUUUAAAUUUUAUUUGCAUCGAAAGUUAAAAAUGCCUACUCGCGAGUGAGAAAGGGAUGCUCUGAAGGAUAUAAUUUUUUCUAGUGAAAAGUACAAAGGACUUUAAAUGAAUUGUGAGUUACGAAUCCUAAAUCUCGAUUACGGACUGUGAUUGAUAAAAUAAAAGUUUUUUUUUGCAAAGAAAAAAAAAAAAAAAAACUAGGUGUGGUGGAGGCUACAUCAAUUAAGUAUAAAAAGGACAUUUUUGCUACGAACGAAAAAAAAAAAAAACAAAAAAAAAAAAAAUCCUCAAGUCCUUCUGAUUGAGAUUCCCCCGCCCCCGUCAAGUUUCGUUGAGAUUUUUCCAGGUUUCGAACGAUUCGUUGAGUUCAUCUGUGAGCGCAUCAAAUAUCUCCUCGCAGCCAGUGUACUGCUAUUUUCAUCCUCAAACUCUCAUAUUGUUUACAUUUUCCAAUUUUUUCUUUUUGCAAUUCUAUAAUUGUUCCUGCCGAAUGAACUUAAUCAAGAGAAGCUGCAAAAAAAUAAGAGAAAAUCGCAUUUAACCACAUCCUUUGAACUAUAAUAAUAUAGUCGAUUGCUACUAAACAUCAACAAAUUUAAAAAAACUUUCAAAAACAAAUCUAAAAAGAGAGUAAAAUCGGAACACAAACAAAAAAUAUUAAAAAUAAAAAACACCAUCAUCAACAACAACAGGACAGAAACAGGAGUAGAAAUAACAGUAGCCGAACGAAGGAGCAAGAGCAGAAUUCGCGCACCACCACUACCAUCAUCAUUCAGCAGCAGCAGCACAACAGCAUCAAUUCAUCUCUGUGCUAUACACGCGAACACAGAGUCCUUUCUCUACUACUUUCGUCGGUGUAUCGAUCCGUACACAUCACCACCAUCAUCAUCACCAUCCUCGUCAUCGUCGUCAGCACGACUUUACUUCUUCUUCGUGUGUCCUGUGUGCUAUAAAAAUAUAUCUCUAAGGAUAUUCUACGAGCAGAAAAAAAAAAGAUACAAUUUAGUCCUUAAAAAAGAUUAAAUUUCAAGGAUAUCUUAAGUUAAGUGAUAAAUAUAAGUGUUAAACUUGCAUCCUUUUGCAAAUUAAAACCCAAAAAUAAAAAAAAGUCCUUUUCGACACAAAAAAAAGGGUGUUGUAGAAAAUUAUCGAACCGUUGUGAAAUUUCGGGUGUUGACGUCCCCCCCUCCCCUUUUGUGUGUCUGUGUUUGUGUAUAAAAUAAAAAAAAAAAUAAUACAAAAAUAUUGCAUUUUGCAAAACAGAAUCCUUAAAAUACCAACCAAAAAAAAAAAGGACUCAAAACCAAUAAAGUGUAAAUGUGUUGAAAAAACAAGUGCAAGAAAACUUUGCAGAAUUGAAAAGGAUACAUCUGCGGUUUUUAAUUUUAGAUAAUUUUCAAAAAAUAUAGGUGGGUGUGUUUGACGCAUAGCACCACAGAGUUGUCGAGAAGGUAGUAGCAGUACCAGCUCCAGCACCACCAGCACCAGCAAGCAGCAUCAACGAAAAGGAGAUUCGGGUUGAAGGCGGGGGUAAAAAAGUUGCUAUAUUCACAAAAGGACAUCAUCGCACUUCCAGGCAGCUGUGCCUUGGAGAGGCUAUAAAACUUAACGAAACCUGAGAGACGUAUCAUCAUCAGUUCCAAACAGUAGUAGCAAAAAUAAAUUUUUCAACAAUAAGAAAAAGGAAUAUUAUUCUCUCUCAUAUUGGAAAGUGAUCCACAACAAAUGAGUGUCCUCGAAUAGAAUUCAAAAUAAAUCAGAAAUUUAAGCAUAAAGUUAAAUCUAUAUAUACGAAAAGGAGGCACAUUUUUUUUUCUUCUUCAGACGUUUAAAAUCUCUAUAAUCGAGAAAAGCAAACAAAAAAAUAUCUAAAAAAAAAAAAUCAAAACAUGACGUCUUUAAUAAAGUUAAAUUAUCAAGUGUAAUAAUUAUAUCUUUAAGCUGCAAACAAAAGGACUGUAAACAAUUAAUAUAAAAAAAAAAAAAAUAACAAAAGACAAUCUUUACAGAGUGUGAAUACAUAUAACUAGGAUAUAUAGAAUUCUGGCAAGGACACUUGUUUUUUUUCUCUUGUUGUUGUUUUUUUUUUUGGGAAAAUAUUGUGCCGACUGUGCGCGGAAUUGAAACAAAAACAGGUUUAACUCAAAAAAUAUAAGAAAAAAAACUGUAAAAUAAAAUAAGAAACGAAAUUUUUUUUUGAGAAAAACUCAAAAAACUUCAAAAAAAGGAUUAUAAUUUGAAGAAAAAAUUGCAUCUGGAACAUAUCGUUGAAAUAUUAGAAAGGACUUACAAGCAAAAUGGGAGCAAAGGAAAGUGUUGAAGCUGCGGCUAAAAUGAAUGUGGAUGGUUGGGGACAAGUUGAGAGGGGAAGCAGAUAUCACGGACAUCGACAUAAUCAACGUUCGCAGUCCUUAAACAGAGGUCAAGCACUCUCGCAAGCAGACGUGAGCGGAAUGUGGUGACACCGGGGUGCCUCAGG